AGAGGACAGCUAAAGCUCGCAGCCGUAUAUGUUGGGGUCCUUCAGCCUCAGACUGUUGCUUUCUCAGGACAGCAUCUUCGUCAAUGGCGGAUUACGAUAACUACGAUGACCGGGAUCGGGCUUACGGGAGCUUCGGCGGGGGAAGAGGACCCCGAGGCGGCGGCGGCGGUGGCCCAGGCGGACCCCGAAAGCAGAAGGACCUUCCCACAGAGCCGCCCUACACGGCGUACGUCGGCAACCUGCCCUUCAACACAGUGCAAGGAGACAUAGAUGCCAUCUUCAAAGACCUUAGCAUCAGGAGCGUUCGACUAGUGCGAGACAAAGAGACAGACAAGUUCAAAGGUUUCUGUUAUGUAGAGUUUGAUGACUUGGAAUCUCUAAAAGAGGCUUUGACGUAUGAUGGCGCUCUGCUAGGGGACCGAUCUUUGAGGGUGGAUAUCGCGGAGGGCCGAAAGCAAGAACGUGGCGCCGGAGGCUUCGGCUUCCGGAAAGACGACAGAGGCCGUGGUGGCUCACGUGGGGCCAGAGGAGGGGGACGUGACUCCAGAGACGACUACGACCAGUCUGGAGGAGGAUUUAGAGAUGAGGACUUCAUGGGUGGGAGGAGUCGAGGAGGCGGUCGCCCUGCCGAAAGAAGGGGGGGCGGAGCAGGCAUGGGACGCUUCAGAGAUGGACCUCCUCGAGGAGGCCAGACAGACUUCAGAGAACCCUCUGACGAGGAAAGAGCGCAGAGACCAAGGCUACAGCUGAAGCCGCGUACAGUGGCAGCUCCCCUUAACCAAGUGGCCAACCCCAACUCGGCCAUCUUUGGGGGUGCCAAACCCAGGGAGGAGAAUUAGUAUCUGUGUCAGUGUGGCUGCAUUAUUCCGGAAGGCUAUACUGGAUUCUACUGGCUUUGAUCACCAUAAAAUCUUUCAAAGACUUCAGUGACACGCAGGCAGGGGCACGAGGUGCUGGUCUUCUCUCGAAUCUGAACGAGCCCUCAUCCGAUUGGCUUAAAAAGCAAGUGGAGGUGGGGGCUCUAGAAAGGGGGAGGGGCACAGUCUUAACUCCGCCUCUGCCUGUCCUCGCUGGCUCCUCCCACACGCCUCAAAGAACCAAAACUUGGAGGAUGGCAUCUCCAGGUUGAAUGCGUUUAAGGACUUCAGCAUCUCUUUCCCUUCCCAAAGUAUCUUUUGUGUUUUUCGAAUUUGUAGACGCACGGACGUAAUUGCCGCCGUGUCCAUUUUAUAUUUUGCUCUUUAGAUUUCUUUACUGUAUUUGAAGAUUAAAACGUUGAGCUUGAUUCUUAAUUAAACCAUUUCAAAGU